AUCGUUAUAUCCUUCUUUUAAUUCUGAACCAGAUUAAAGGAGUGUAGCAGAUAUAUCUAAGCAUUCAUAUCCAGUUCACUUGCUUGGUAGUCUGAUAUCACACAGAGAAGCAUUUCGUUAUGUUGUCUAGAUUUCCCUACUCCAGUGCUCCACUUCGUACUGUGAAGGAAGUUCAAUUUGGGCUUUUUUCUCCAGAAGAAACUAGAGCUAUCAGUGUUGUCAAAAUUGAAUUUUCUGAAAUCAUGGAUGAAAACAGAAAACCCAAACUAGGUGGUUUAAGUGAUCCCAGAUUGGGCACCAUUGACCCCAGUUUUAAAUGUCAAACCUGUGGUGAGGGCAUGAGUGAAUGUCCAGGUCAUUUUGGUCACAUCGAAUUAGCUAAACCAGUCUUCCAUAUUGGUUUUAUACCCAAAAUCAAAAAAGUUUGCGAAUCUAUUUGCAUGAAUUGCGGGAAAUUGUUAUUGGAUGAAAAUAACUUUGAUAUGAAAAAGGCUAUAAAAAUCAAAGACCCAAAAAAAAGAUUUGCAGCUGUUUGGCGUCUAUGUAAAACCAGAACUGUCUGUGAAGCUGAUGAUGAUCCUGAAAAUCCAAACAUUAUACAUAAAACCGGCUGUGGCCACACUCAACCAACCAUCAGAAGAGACGGUUUAAAACUAAUUGCAACAUACAAAAAGAAAGAUUCCGAUGACGAUAUGGAUCAACCAGAAAAAAAAACUUUGGCUCCAUCUGAAGUUUUAGAAGCUUUUAAACAUAUAUCUCUGGAAGACUGCCGUAGAUUGGGUUUUGACGAAAACUAUGCAAGACCUGAAUGGAUGAUUAUAACCGUUUUACCUGUCCCUCCACCUCCUGUUCGUCCCUCUAUCGCAUUCAAUGAAUCUGCUCGUGGUGAGGAUGACUUGACUUUUAAAUUAGCCGAUAUACUAAAAGCAAGUAUAAAUGUUCAAAAACUAGAAUUGGAUGGUUCCCCACAGCACGUUAUCAUUGAAUUUGAAAACCUAUUACAAUAUCAUGUUGCAACUUAUAUGGAUAAUGAUAUUGCUGGUCAACCAUUAGCCAAGCACAAAUCCGGUAGAGCAAUUAAAUCAAUUCGUGCUCGUUUAAAGAGUAAAGAAGGUCGUGUGCGUGGAAAUCUCAUGGGUAAGCGUGUUGAUUUCUCGGCUCGUACUGUUAUUUCUGGUGAUCCAAAUUUAGAUUUAGAUCAAGUUGGUGUCCCAAGAAGUAUCGCAAGAAUAUUAACCUAUCCAGAAAUUGUAACUCCUUAUAAUAUACAUCGUUUGACUGAGUAUGUUCGUAACGGUCCAAAUGAACAUCCAGGUGCAAAACAUGUCAUUCGUGAUACUGGUGAUCGUAUUGAUUUAAAAUAUCAUAAGAAAGCUGGUGAUAUCCAGUUACAGUAUGGUUGGAGAGUCGAACGUCAUCUAAUGGACGAUGAUCCUGUUCUCUUUAACCGUCAACCUUCUUUGCAUAAAAUGUCCAUGAUGUGUCAUAGAGCGAAAAUUAUGCCCUACUCUACAUUUAGAAUCAACUUGUCUGUUACUUCUCCUUAUAAUGCGGAUUUCGAUGGUGAUGAGAUGAAUCUUCAUGUGCCUCAAUCUGCUGAAACGAGAGCUGAACUACAAAAUUUGGUCGCUGUGCCCUUGCAGAUUGUUUCUCCACAAUCUAAUAAGCCAGUAAUGGGUAUUGUUCAAGAUACUCUAUGUGGUAUUCGUAAAAUGACUCUUCGUGAUAUAUUUAUUGAAUAUGAUCAAGUAAUGCAAAUAUGCUACUGGGUCAAAGACUGGAAUGGAAUUAUGCCACCACCUGCCAUAUUAAAACCAAAACCGUUAUGGACUGGUAAACAAUUAUUAUCAUUAGCGAUUCCCGAGGGUAUCCAUUUAUUAAGAUUCGACGAAAAAACAACUUUGCUAAGUCCAAAUGAUGAUGGUAUGCUUAUUAUCAAUGGAGAAAUAAUGUUUGGUAUUGUCAACAAAAAAACUGUUGGUGCAACAAAUGGAGGUCUAAUACACACGGUAAUGAGAGAAAAGGGCUCCAAGGCUUGUGCUGAUUUAUUCGGUAAUAUCCAAAAAAUUGUAAAUUAUUGGCUACUUCACAAUGGUUUUUCCAUUGGUAUCGGUGACACUAUUGCCGAUGCCGAUACUAUGAAAAAGAUUACAACAACAAUCGCUGAAGCUAAACAAAAAGUUCAAGAUUUAAUUCUUGAUGCUCAAGCAAAUAGAUUAGAAUUAGAACCUGGUAUGACAUUGCGUGAGUCCUUUGAAUCAAAAGUUUCCAGGGUUUUAAACCAAGCUCGUGAUGAUGCUGGUCAUUGUGCCCAAAUGAAUCUUAAAGAAUUAAACAAUGUCAAACAGAUGGUUGUUUCUGGUUCUAAAGGUUCAUUUAUUAAUAUUUCACAAAUGUCGGCAUGUGUUGGACAGCAAAUUGUUGAGGGAAAACGUAUUCCAUUUGGUUUUGCUGAUCGUACUUUGCCACAUUUCACAAAAGAUGAUUUCAGUCCUGAAUCAAAAGGUUUUGUUGAAAAUUCUUACCUAAGAGGAUUAACUCCCCAAGAAUUUUUCUUUCACGCUAUGGCUGGUCGUGAGGGUUUAAUCGAUACCGCCGUUAAAACUGCAGAAACUGGUUAUAUUCAACGUCGUUUAGUGAAAGCUUUAGAAGAUAUUAUGGUUCACUAUGAUGGAACAACCCGUAAUUCAGUCGGUGCUAUUAUUCAAUUCAUUUAUGGUGAAGAUGGGCUAGAUGCAACUCAAGUUGAAAAACAACCUAUUGAUACAAUCCCAGGUUCUGAUAAUAAGUUUGAAAAGAAAUACCGUAUUGAUCUUAUGGAUCCGUCUAAAUGUAUUCGAUCUUCUCUUUUGCAAAGUGGGGAUGAUAUUCGUGGUAAUUCACAAUUACAAGCUAUUCUUGAUGAAGAAUAUAAUCAACUAUUAGAAGACAGAAAAUAUUUGAGAACAAGUGUCUUUCCAAAUGGUGAAUAUAAAUGGCCAUUACCAGUAAAUAUCCGUCGUGUUAUACAAAAUGCACAACAGAAUUUCCAUUGUGACAACGGUGAAGCAAGUGAUUUAAAUUUGGAAGAUAUUGUCAGGGGUGUUCAAGAGUUGUGUUCCAAGUUAACUGUCAUUCGAGGUGAGGGCAAAUUGGUUGAAGAAGUUCAGCAAAAUGCUACUUUAUUAUUUCUGUGUUUGAUUAGAUCUCGACUUGCCUCCCGUCGUGUUAUUGAAGAGUUCAAGCUAAACAAAGCAGCUUUUGAAUGGAUUUUGGGAGACAUUCAAUCACUAUUUCAAAAAUCGAUAGUCCAUCCUGGUGAAAUGGUGGGAGUUGUUGCUGCACAGUCAAUUGGUGAGCCUGCUACUCAAAUGACUUUAAACACAUUCCAUUAUGCAGGUGUCUCUUCUAAAAAUGUUACUCUUGGUGUUCCACGUCUUAAAGAAAUUCUUAAUAUUGCCAAAAACAUUAAAACACCAUCACUUACAGUUUAUUUGAGACCAGAAUAUGCUGAUAGUAAGGUCAGGGCUAAAGAAAUUCAAUCUGCUAUUCAGUAUACUACAUUGAGAAGUGUUACAGCAGCCACAGAGAUUUACUAUGAUCCAGAUCCUAGAAGUACCCUUAUAGAAGAAGAUUAUGAGAUGGUUGAAGGUUAUUUCGCUAUUCUUGAUGAUGCUACUGAAAGAACAUUGUAUCAGCAAUCACCUUGGCUAUUACGUAUCGAAGUUGAUAGAAAAGCGUUGCUUGAUAAACAACUUACUCUAUCCCAAGUUGCUGAAACUAUAAAAAGCACAUUUGGGGAUGACUUGUUUGUUAUGUUUUCUGCUGAUGCUUCAAGUGAUAAGUUAAUUAUACGUUGUCGUGUUGUUCGUGAUCAAAAACUUGCUAUUGAUGAGGACACAGAGGAAGAUAAAAUUGUGAAGCAGAUUGAACAAAACAUACUUGAUUUAUCUCUUAGAGGUGUUCCUGAUAUUGCAAGAGUGUUCAUUUCUAAAAAGAAGGAUUAUGUAGCUGAAGGAGGCGAAUAUGUUCAAGUUAAAAAAUACUUCCUUGAAACCGAUGGUUGUAAUCUUGCAGAGGUUAUGACUGUUGCCGGGAUUGAUUCAACUAGAACUUAUUCAAACGAUUUUGUUGAAAUUCUCGAAGUUUUAGGUAUUGAAGCUACACGAGCUGCAUUGUUUAAAGAAAUUUAUCAAGUUAUCUCAUUUGAUGGUUCAUAUGUAAACUACCGUCAUAUGGCUUUGCUUGUUGAUGCAAUGACUUCCCGUGGUCACCUUAUGGCUAUUACAAGACAUGGAAUUAACAGAGCUGAUACUGGUGCUCUUAUGCGUGCCUCUUUUGAAGAAACUGUUGAGAUCUUAUUAGAAGCUGGUGCAUCAGCUGAGUUAGAUGACUGUGCAGGUGUUUCACAAAACGUUUUAUUGGGACAAAUAGCUCCUAUUGGAACAGGUGCAUUUGAUGUUUUGAUUGACGAGGAUAUGUUGAGUGCUAUACCAAAUAAUUAUAAUUUACCCUCGGCUGCUCUUGUCAAGGGUUCUGACACUUUAGAUGGUGCUGCAACUCCUUACGACUCCAGAUCUCCAUUAUAUGAUGAAUUCCAUGAUGAUAUGGGAGAAUCAGUUCUGUUUACACCUGUUCGUGAUGUAUCACCAACUGAAGGGGGUGGUUUCACUGAAUAUGGUGGAUUCCAAAGUCCAUUCCCUGAUAGGGCUGGAGUGACACCAACAUCUCCUUUCGGACAGUAUCAAAGUUCAUAUGCUCCUUCUUCGCCGUUGUUUUCUUCAACAUCGCCAUCUUACAAUCCUACCUCUCCUUCGUAUCAAACAACAUCUCCUUCUUACUCUCCAACAUCUCCUUCUUACUCUCCUACGUCUCCAUCCUAUUCUCCCACUUCUCCUUCUUACUCUCCUACUUCUCCAUCCUAUUCGCCAACAUCGCCAUCUUACUCACCUACAUCUCCAUCAUAUUCACCUACGUCUCCAUCAUAUUCACCUACAUCUCCAUCAUAUUCACCAACAUCCCCAUCAUAUUCUCCCACAUCCCCAUCAUAUUCUCCCACAUCUCCAAAUUACUCACCCACAUCCCCAAAUUACUCACCAACAUCUCCAUCAUAUUCACCAACCUCUCCUUCCUAUUCACCGACCUCUCCAUCAUAUUCCCCAACUUCUCCUGUAUAUUCUCCUAGAUCCCCAUCGUAUUCUCCUACUUCUCCCAAUUAUUCACCAACUUCUCCAAGUUAUUCUAAUAAUAGAAACUACUCACCUACCUCACCAACUUAUUCACCAACAUCACCAACAUACUCGCCAGGAGCCGCAAGUUAUUCACCAACAUCACCAACAUAUUCUCCCACAUCUCCUAACUAUUCACCAACCUCCCCUGCAUAUUCUCCUGGAUCUCCUAAUAACACUUCAUCAAUAUCGCCCAAUAACGGUUCUCCAAAUUCUCCCACCUAUUCUCCUUCAAAUUCUAACUCUUCUGACCCUCAGGAAGACGUUACAGAUUCUCCCAAUAAAAAGAAUGAUCAAUGAUUUUAUUUUGAAAAUCGGUUUUAUUGAAUUUUAUUUUUGUUUUGUUU